AUGUCUGAAGAGGAGGAAGAUACCGAGGUAAAAAUUUAUUGGGGAGAAUGCAAUGAUUACACUAUUGAGCAAUGGAUGGAGUAUAGAAAGAAACUUUAUCAGUAUGUAGGUGAUAACUAUAAGCCUGUUGCUCUUGAAGUGACUGAAAAACCUUGGCUUAUCCCUGGAGCUAAUAUUUCUGACUGGUUUAAUUUUGAUUUUGAUGAAGAAAGCUGGAAUGAGUUCUUGCUGAAUCAAAUCGCUUUGAGGCAAGCCAAGAUUCUAGAGAAAGAGCAGCAAAUGCAGCAAAUAAUUGCCAAGAAAAAAGAAAGAAAAUCGUCGUCAACUGAGAGAAAUGAAAGAAAGCACCAUGAGAAAAGCAAGCACAAGAAGCAUGAUGAAUUCAAAAAGAGCAGAAGAUAA